CAUUUAGUGUAGAGCGUUUUUGUUUACGUAUGUCGCAAUGACUGAUGUAUAAGACUUUGCCGAACAUUUGCCGCUUUACAUUUGUACGUAUUUAUUAGUGUUUAGCAUGUAGGAGAGAAAUAUUCAAGAAAAUCUGCAUAGAUGUUAGUAAUUCCUACCCACCACCUCUUACACAAUUCAAUAAUAGCAGUCCUAUGGAAUAGGAGUUGUCAAGGAGAAACUUCUUCAGUUUUCAAAUUUUACUUUGCUGCCUGUCAGACUUUCACAGGAGGAUUCUUUACUACAGACUACAUGAAAGAAUGAAUAUAUUGUGAAGCAGUAGUCAGAAUACCCACCUUCUUAACCAGAUGUCUAGCAGAUGAAUGUUGAUGAGCAUCACAUAUUAUUCUUACAGCACGUUCUUGAGCAGUGAAGACUCUUUCCAAAAGAUUAAACAAUGGCAACUCCAGGUGCAUAUGAAGAGUUCUAUAACUGAUAUCAAGUUCAGGGUGAGAAAUGCCAUGUAUAAAACAACAUAUUCCACAUUCUCAAGGAAAGAACCAGAGUUUAAGUGUUCUUACAGUAUGUACAGCACAUCAAAUUCAAGGCUAAAUCCAUCAUUAAAUGUGCACAAAAAGGCUGUUUUACCUUUGAAGAUGGGCAACACAGAGUAUAUGGAAAAAUACAGAUAUCCUGUUCCUGCUGAAGCAGCUGUGUAUAUGGAGAAACCAGUGACAUCUGUUUGUAAGGGCAAUACGAUUCAACGAAGUCAAUUAAAUCCAUUUCACUGUAGCAUUGUAAAGCACAUGGAUCCAUACAUAAGUGUGUCCCGUCUCAUGAUUGAAAACUCUACACCAGUGUGGAAGGAUGAUCACAUACUUCCUACUCGUGAAGGUUACCCUAAAGUUUCAAGUAAGUUUCAUCAGCCUGUAUAUGAUCGCUCGCUCCUUAGCUCCAAACCGACUUACAGAAACUGGGUUGCACCUCCUCGAAGUCUCAGGAAUACAGGUGUGCAGUCUGAGACGAAUUACCAGUACAGUCGGCUAACAAAUGUCUGCAGCAGAAGCAGUCAGUAUCCAGUCAAGUGUGACAUUGCUGCACCACGCAUCAUGAGUUCUGUGAAUUAUGCUACUGAAUAUGACCACAUUGGUCGCAAGUGGCCUGUCAGAGCUGUUGUUGAUCCAGGGCCAAAUUGAGUUAGUCAGCCACACUACAUUCAGAAUUUCUUUUGGAGAUCAAAUUGCUGCUCAUGGUCAACAUGACACCAUCAACUUACAGGAGAGCCAAUGGUAGUGGCUUUUGCAGGACUGAUGUAACAGUGUUCAUCACAAGACUGAAGUGAAGAUUAUCAGAGCCUUGAUGGAGUCCUUGAUUGUGCUAAAGAAGUCAUUUCACUCUCCUGCUGUGGUCUGGACAUCACUUCUAAGUUCUAAAUACACCAGAUGGACCCACCUGACAAGGUACGCUGUGGGAUACCUCAUGUCGAGCUUGAACAUUGAGGUAUGCUGAAAUAUGAUGUGUGGUGCUUGAUACUUUUGUAAAAAGAAGUGUUUGAAAUCCUUCAUUGUGUCAUUCAGAAGCCAGGUUGGACAGGAACUUAGAAAACAAUGGAAGAAGUUUCAUACUUAUUUUAUUUUUAUUUCUUAGUUGCAUUCAGUUGCUAGUAAGCAGAUACUGUAAUAUUUUUGUAAGUAUGGUUUGUUACAACAGAAUAUUAGGGGAUUGAAAAAUAAGGUAAAUGAUCUGCUUGUAUACAUAGAAGAAUUGUAGAGUUGUGAACUUACCUGAACAUUGUGUAAUCAGAUGGAUAAAUGAGGUAAAUGUAAGUGUUUAUGGGCUAGCAUCGUUUUCAUGUGGAGUCAGUAUAAGAAAAGGAGUUGCCUCAUAUGUUACAGUCAAACAAAAACAUAUUGAACCAAGUAGUUUUUGUCUUCAUCAGAACAUGGAAGCAAGUGCCUGCGAUUGCCUUUUGAAGAAAAAUUAACU